GGUCUCUUUAAUGCCUAUAAUUCUUGGGAAUUUAGCUAUGAAGACUUACACUCCAGUUUUCAUUCUCCUGUGGGGUGCUGUCGGGAUAGCAAGGGCUGCCAAAAUUGUUGUUGUGCCGCCAAUUAUGUUUGAAAGCCAUCUGUAUAUUUUUAAGGCCGUGGCCUCAGCCUUGCAUGAGCAAGGUCACCAGACGGUGUUUCUCCUCUCUGAAGGCAGAAACAUCCCUCCAUCUAAUCAUUAUAGACUCCAGCGUUACCCAGGGAUCUUUAACAGCAGCACUUCGGAUGAUUUUCUUCAGUCCAAAAUGAAGAGUAUUUUCUCUGGAAGACUUACAGCACUGGAAUUGUUUGACAUCCUGGAACAUUAUUCUAAGAACUGUGACAUGAUUGUGGGCAACCAGAAUUUAAUGCAUGUUUUGAAACAGGAAAAAUUUGACCUAUUGCUAGUGGAUCCUAAUUAGAUGUGUGGGUUUGUUAUCGCUCACCUUUUAGGUGUUAAAUAUGCUGUUUUUUCCACCGGCCUUUGGUAUCCAGCAGAAGUAGGUGCUCCAGCUCCUUUAUCUUAUGUUCCAGAAUUCAACUCGCUUCUCACAGAUCAUAUGAACCUUCUAGAGAGGAUUAAAAACACAGUUGUUUAUGUGGCUUCAAGAUUUGGAGUCAAUUUUUUGGUACUGCCGAAAUAUGAAAGGAUAAUGCAGAAACACAAGGUGCUACCAGAGAGAUCGAUGAAUGAUUUGGUACAUGACUCCAGCCUGUGGAUGCUGUGUACUGAUAUAGCCCUAGAGUUUCCAAGACCCACUCUACCAAAUGUUGUUUAUGUGGGAGGAAUCCUCACCAAACCGGCCAGUCCUCUACCAGAAGACCUUCAAACAUGGGUGGAUGGUGCUAAUGAAAAUGGCUUUGUCCUUGUCUCAUUUGGAGCUGGAGUGAAAUAUUUGUCAGAAGAUAUAGCAAAUAAAUUAUCACAUGCCCUGGCAAAGCUUCCUCAGAGGGUUAUCUGGAGGUUUUCAGGAAGCCAGCCAAAGAAUUUAGGUAACAACACAAAACUCAGAGAAUGGUUACCACAAAAUGACCUUCUUGGUCAUGCUAACAUUAAAGCCUUCCUUAGCCAUGGUGGUUUGAACAGUAUUUUUGAAACCAUGUACCAUGGAGUACCUGUGGUGGGAAUUCCUCUCUUUGGAGACCAUUAUGAUACUAUGACCCGAGUGCAGGCCAAAGGCAUGGGAAUAUUAUUAAACUGGAAAACAAUUACUGCAGACGAACUUUAUGAAGCACUGGUGAAAGUCAUUAAUGAUCCCAGCUACAGGCAACGGGCCCAAAAGCUGUCUGAAAUUCACAAAGACCAACCCGGCCAUCCUGUUAAUCGGACAGUGUAUUGGAUUAAUUACAUCCUCCGACACAACGGAGCACAGCAUCUACGUGCUGCUGUUUACUCUAUCUCUUUUCAUCAGUAUUUCUUACUGGAUAUUGCCUUUGUUGUACUACUUGGUCCUGCCUUAUUCUACUAUAUUUUUGCCAGGAUAACAAAGUUUAUCCGUAAACAAAGCAAACAUCUUUGGUCAAGUGACGAACAUAGCACCAUUAAUGGACAUUACCACAACGGGAUACCAAAUGGCAAAUACAGAAGAAAUGGUCACAUUAAACAUGAAAAAAAGGUGAAAUGAGCCAAUUACCCCAUGUGCAGUAGUAAUAAAUCACAUCAAUAAUUGAAUUUUAUCGCUGUAACUUAGUCUAACAACUACUUAAAGUAAAACGUCAGUAAACAGUUCUAACACUCCCCUACAAUAUGUAAUCUUAUAUGAUGAGAUUCUAUAGAACUAAGAAACAUCUUUAAAAACAAAACAAAAAACACAACCUAAAAUGUAAAGUGUAUUUUAUUCUUAAUACUGAUGCAGAGAGGUUAUUUUGGCACUGAAAUUUUUAGAAGCCUUAAUUCGCUCAAGUAAUUCAAUGUCCUUAUUUAUGAUUUCCCAGUUUUUAAACAUGAAUAUGUGUGUCCCAAAUAAGGAAAGGCUUCCUUUUACUUUUUAUUUUCUUAUUUUUAUUUAAAUAACUUUAGAGCUAGCUCUGUGUUAUAUUUGUUAAAGGUUUGACAUGUUGUCUAAGAAUGAUGUUUCAAUAAAGUCACCUUUCCCAGUGUUUGACACACAGCAAUUAAGUUGCAGAUUGAGAACGCAGCCAUAAGAGAACUUUCUCAAAACUGAACAUUGAAGAAAAAUGGAAAAAGUAUUUACAGUUUUCCCCCAAUAGACUACGUAACUUUUCUGUUCUUUGCCAUUGCUUUAAAGAAAAGGAUUUUGAUUAAUCUAAGCUAAGUUGUAAAUUUUAUAUUUAUGUAUGUUUUAAUUUUAUUUUGUUUUCUGGGGGUUUAUUUGCC